AUGACUCGCCACUGGGAGCCCGGUACGCAGUACAACUACGGCGAUGUCGUCGAGUACCAGGGUCAGCACUACAAGAUCAUUCAGCCUCAUCGGUCGCAGGGAGACUGGACGCCGAACGUGACGCCUGCGCUGUGGGGUGUCACCGACAGCGGCGACGAUCAUUGCCACCAGCAGCAACACCAAUCGCAGCCGAACUACGGUCAAGCACAACAGCCUUACCAGCAGCAGCAACCGUACCACGACGAGAAGCGCCAUGACAGCUACUCUGGCGACCACCAGAAUCAGCCCACGAAGGAGGAGAAGGAGAAGCACUGGUAUGACAUCGACGACAAACGCAAGAAGCAGCUCGAGGUUGGAGGCGGUCUUCUCGCUGGCGCUGCCCUCCUCGGCGCCGGCUACAAGGCCUUCAAGGAGCACGAGAAGCACGGCGAGGAGAAGAAGGCGCAGGUCUGGGCCCUAAACAACUGGAUCACCGAAGCCGAGCAGCGCACGGAGCGCUACAAGCGCGAGGGUCCGUCUGGCCCCGCGACGUGGAUCUUGAACAAGGGAAAGAGCAUCCCGUCUAACGCCAUCUGCGUCGGACCCGAGAAGCACUGGAACUUGUACAUCUGCCGGGCGUACUACGAGGGCGGCCUGCAGAUCGGCAAGGCGUCCGACGCCUUCAAGGAUGGCGCCGUCAUCGGCUAUGAUGACGACGAGAUCUCUCUCGAGACCUACGAGAUCCUCGUUGGCGACAUGCGCGGCUUGCGCUGGGUCGACGCUUCGGGGCGCCUCAAUGUCAACAGCCUCGGCUAUCGCCCUGUUGAGGGCGGCCGCGAGGCCGACGGCAAGCCGCUCUACAUCGCUAAGGCGCCACACAAGGACGCUGAGCACCCCGGGAAGGCUGGCGAGCACCUAGACGGCGCGCUCAUCCCUUACGGCGGGAAGGAGAAGAAGAUCGAGGUUUACCGCGUCCUUUGCUAUGCCUGA